AUGGACUUGCCCGACGAAUUGCUCAUGCAAGCAUUUGGUCACUUGCAGACCGAGGCAACGGCAGAUACCCCGAUACAUUGCCUCGACAUGUGUUCUUCUCCAGAAAUCAAGAACGUGCGUCUGACCUGCCGUCGAUUUCGCGAUACCAGUUCUCAUCUUCUCAUUCGCUUCGUCCCGGUCGAGAUGACACCCGUUUCCCUGGAACGGCUUGAGCAGAUUUCGCGCCACCCAACCAUCAGCAAGGGCGUUCUUGCCGUGAGAGUCAUCCUGCACUUCUACGACGAACCCCUAGCACAUGACUUCCGCCUCUUUAUCAAUUACCAGGGGUCGACCUCAAGAGGGGACAAACCCGGAACGGAAGACCUCGGUGCAAAUACCGAACGCGAACUUGCGAUUGCUAUCGGGACGGGGGCGACAAUGCAUGAGUUAUGGCAAAGUCUUUGGGACGAUCCCUCUGAAGGAACAGAGCUAGGGCACCAAGCACUGUGUCUGCUUCAGAGAGCGUAUCACAUAUACCAAGAACGAUAUGAGGCACAGCAGAAGCUCUGUCAAGAUGGCGGAUUUCCCCAAGCCGUUGCCACGGCUAUGGCUAGAAUGCCUACUGCAGUUGGUCUGGAGAUGCGGGAUGGGAAACAGUUUGGGAAACAACAUCACCACGAUUUUAUCGAACAAAUGAAAGACGAGGAGAAGCAGCUAGAAGAGAUGGUAUAUCCACACGAGUGGUACGAGUCAACAGAACAAGUCCAUCAUGUGGGACAUCCUCCCCUCGAGCUUUUGGCCCAGUUGCCGCUGGCAAUCCAACUAGCUGGCACGUCACUCGUCACGCUUGAGCUCAGAGUGUCAUCACCUGGAAGCUUUCCGCUUCUAGCCCAAGAGGCACAGGAGGAAAACCUCGAUCUCGUCUUACCAAUGCUCCGGCAUGUUCGCUCUUUUUGA